AUGGCAAUCCCUCCGCCAUAUGCAGAUCUUGGAAAGUCUGCAAAGGACAUCUUCAACAAAGGAUAUGGUUUCGGUCUGGUCAAACUCGACGUCAAAACAAAGUCAUCAAGUGGAGUGGAGUUCAAAACAAGCGGCUCGUCAAACGUGGACACCAGCAAGGUGACAGGAACUCUGGAGACCAAGUACAAGUGGGCUGAGCACGGCCUGACCUUCACGGAGAAGUGGACCACCGAGAACACGCUCGGCACAGAAAUAUGCAUCGAGGAUAAGAUCACCAAAGGCCUGAAACUGAAUUUCGACACUACGUUUUCACCGAACACUGGAAAAAAGAGUGGCAAAAUCAAGACGGCCUACAAGCGGGAAUACCUGCACGCCGGAGUAGACGUGGACCUGGACUUUGCGGGGCCCACUAUUCACGGCGCAGCUGUGGCGGGCUACGAAGGCUGGCUGGCCGGCUACCAGAUGAGCUUCGACUCGGCCAAGUCCAGGAUGCUCCAAAGUAACUUUGCCAUCGGAUACAAGACGGGAGACUUCCAACUACAUACAAAUGUCAACAACGGUUGCGAAUUCGGGGGCUCCAUCUACCAGAAGGUGAACGAGCAGCUAGAGACGGCCGUCAGUCUGGCGUGGGCUGCGGGCAGCAACGGAACUCGCUUCGGCAUCGCUGCCAAAUACCAGCUGGACUCUAGUGCCUCCAUAUCGGCUAAGGUGAACAAUGCCAGUUUGGUUGGAAUCGGAUACAGUCAGACUCUUAGGCCCGGUAUGAAACUCGUAUUGUCCGCACUGGUGGAUGGCAAAAACAUCAAUGCUGGCGGUCACAAAUUGGGCUUGGGGUUGGAGUUGGAAGCAUGA